AGCACCAUGGACAGCGCACUGGACAGACUGGACGCUGCAGGAUUCUUACAGAUCUGGCAACAUUUUGACAUAAAUGACGAUGGCUACAUCGAAGCCAGUGAGCUGGAGGCCUUCUUUAAACACACGUUGCACAAACUCGGGAUGAAGAAGGAGGAGAUAACUGAGGACAAAAUCAGAAGGCUGAAAGAGAAGUUCAUGCCUGCGUGUGACAUCGGGGCUGACGGACGUCUCCAGAUCCAAGAGCUGGCCACACUGAUGCUGCCAGAGGAGGAGAACUUCCUACUUCUGUUCCGCAGAGAGACGCCGCUGGACAACAGUGUGGAGUUUAUGAGGAUUUGGAGAAACUAUGACACAGACAGCAGUGGCUACAUCUCAGCUAUUGAACUCAAGGGGUUUCUUCAAGACUUGUUCCUCCAACACGGGAAGACCAUCACCCCGAAAAAGUUGGAGGAGUACACUGACACCAUGAUGAAAAUGUUUGACAAAAACAAAGAUGGCAGACUGGAUCUCAAUGACCUGGCCAGAAUUUUGGCCCUAAAAGAAAAUUUCUUGCUGAAGUUUAAGAUGGAUGCUUGCAGUCAGGAAGACAGAAAGAGGGACUUUGAGAAGAUAUUCGCUCACUAUGAUGUUAGUAAGACGGGUGCACUGGAGGGCCCUGAGGUGGAUGGAUUUGUCAAAGAUAUGAUGGAGCUGGUGAAGCCCAGCAUCAGUGGGACAGACCUGGAUAAGUUCAGGAAAGCCCUGAUGGGUCACUGUGACAUCAACGGAGACGGAAAGAUCCAAAAGAAUGAGCUGGCUCUCUGCCUCGGCCUUAAGCUCAGCUAACUGACCCUGGAAACAUUCAGAGAAGUGUAUAUUCUUCCUUCCUUCCUUCCUUCCUUCCUCCACUGAUCUCUUUUACUUGUCGUCUUCUUUGUAUCGUGCUGAUUGUCUU